AUGGCAUCGCGGGGUGCGCUGCCAGAGGACGACUCGGCGCUUGUCUCCGUCGAUCUUCUCGAUGUGCUGAUGGUUUGCGUGAGAGGUGCCCUGGCGGCCCAGAGGUAUAUUGCGUUGGAGCUGCUGAGAGUGCGUGAGGUGGAAGCAAAGGUUCCUGAUCUAUUCAUUAUGGAUCAAGACGGACAAACAAAGAAGGCUCUGCUUUCGUCACUUCACCACGCAGUGAGCGUUGACGUGAAGGAGCAGCUGCUCUACAAGGAUGGCAAUGCCGCGAGUGAUUUUGUCACCACGGCAGACUUCAUGACGCAGGCUGUUCUGGUGCAGGUCCUGCGGGCUGCGUUCCCCGAAUUGCCGUUUUCCGUUGUGGGCGAGGAGGACGAGGCGGCGAGCGGCGCCACCGGCCGGCAGGCGGAGCACUGCGUUGCCGCCUAUUACGACGCACUUGAGACGAUCCCGCACCAGGCGGAGCUGGAGGCCCGUGUGGUGGGUGGGGCGAGAAGAGUGGCGUCCCCGACGUGGGAGAAGCUACGCGCGCGAGUUGGGGUAUUCAUUGAUCCCAUUGACGGAACCAACUGUUUCGUUGAGGGUCAUUGGGAGGUGCCGCUGACGCUUGUGGGAAUCACCCUCGAUGGUGUUCCUGUUGCUGGGGUGGUCAACCGGGUCUUACGUUGCAACGUCGCGCAGGUGGAGCGUAGAGGCAGCAGUGCAAGUCUCUCAUAUGCGUUUAACUUGGGCGCUGCAGGACCCUUUAUUGUGCACGAGGGCCAGCGUGUCGCGCCUCUUCUCUCGGCGCCCACGGCCGUGGGUGCGUGCAGCACAUUGCGCGUAGCAUCCUCGAGCACCACUGGCAAGAAGUGCCUGGCCAACUUCUUUCGCAAGCUACGACCCAUCGAGAUGCGCGGGGCGAGAGGCGCUGGCAACAAGCUUAUGUUUCUUGUAGCUUCAAUGCUUGAGGGAUCACCUGCUCUGCGGAGCUGCGAUGUCUUUUUCUCCCCUGAGAAUACCAUCAAGAAGUGGGACACGUGUGCCCCCCACGCACUUCUCUUGGCUCUGGGUGGGGAGCUCUACACGCAGUGUGGCGGUGCCAUUCGGUACCCGUUGCACGGCGAAGAACAGGCAGCGCUGCCAAAUGGGGUUGUGGGGGUGACGCGCUGGUCCAAAGUGGAAGUCUCGCGGCGCCUGGGCUGGCCCCGCCCCUCGCUGUAG